AUGGAGGUGGUACCGGCCGGAGACGAAGGACCCAACUUUCCACUUAACACGGCCGUUAAUCUUGAAAACCAUAAAGAUAGCUCCAUUAGACUUGUCCUGGUUCAAGGCUAUACCAUUAUACGGCGCCACAGGCACGUCGUUACCGUAAACAAAAGGCGACCAGAUGUUUACGUCCUUGUGGCCCUGAUACACAGGUGGUAUGACUGUGUAGUAGGUAAUUUGCUGGCUGUGGUAGGAGGCGUACACGUCCAGUUUGUCGUAAUAAAUGCCGAUUCUGGAGUUGCGGUUGCGGGAGUUGAUGGUGAUUUGGACUGUGGUGGAGAUGAUAUUGGGGGCGGAGACGAUGGCCCAGACGAGGAGGAUGAUAAAGAGAAUGAUGAAGACGAAGAUAAGGAGGAAGGCACAGCACCGCCGGAUGAACUUCUGCCGCCUUUCCUUGUGGAGGGUGCACUUUUCCGCCAUGGUUUGGUGGCUGUGGUGGUGGUGGAGUGUGGAGUUUGGCUGAAGGCCUCUCCACAUCACUGCCACUGUGCGCGGCCUCUCUACAUAGCUCAGGAGUUCGCAGGGGGCGGCGCUCACGAGGAAGAGGAUAUAGAGAGUCUCCGGCGACGGUGCUCUCCAGUGGUUGCGGCGGCAAGUUCAUUGUGGUGCUUUUCCGAGGCGGCGGUUGGUGCGGUGCUCACAAGGAAGAUGUUAGAGAGAGAGUCUCCAGCGAUGGUGCUUUCCCGAGGCGACGGCGGCGGCAAGUCCAUUUGUGAGGGAGGGUAG